AUGAGAGUUCAUACCAAAGAAAAGCCGUAUUCUUGUUGUCUUUGUAAGAGAUCGUUCACACAAUCAGGAACUUAUCAUAAACACAUGAGGCGGCAUACAGAGUCCGAACGAGCAAGUGCAACAAUGUUGCAAUUUCAGUUGGACAAAGCACAGAGAGAGGACACAGAGAGGCCUUUUGGCGCAGAGGGAGAACCUGUCCCAGAUGCCGACCUUCUUACUGACCCCAGCAGGCAAGUCAUUGAAUUAAGUGCUUCAAUGGUGAAUGUCUCGAAUCCUGAACCAAUGUUUAAUGGUCAUUAUGGCGAUGAUGGUAAUACUGAUAUGGUUCCAGAAGAAAUUAAUACCCAGAUUGGUGUUUCACCUGAGGUCAAUCCCGAGGCAACACUGGAUUCUGUGGCAACCAUACCCGAGAUGCCCACAAUGUCUGGUGAAGAAAUUACCAUCAUUGUUAGCGAGGGAGAUGGUGUUGCAGCAGCAACUCUGGCAACCAUAGAUGUUGACCAGAUAUCAAGUAUACUGGCUUCAUGUUCAUGA